AUGAAUACCAUCCUCGCCACCACGGAGAUGUCCCCCGUCCUCGUCGCCCCGCGGCCCGUGCGCCUCGCCGGCGCGCAGACCAACUGGUUCGCAAAGUCCUCCCCAUCCUCCCGUCUCCUCGCAGCGACGGAUGGUACAGAGCGCACCAGAGCGGCGAGCUCCUCUGCAGACACGGAAAGCGAAAUGCUGGAUGCGUCAUCGGAUCGUGCUCCGUCCCGGGCGUCGCGAUCCCCACUUCCCUCAGAGGCGAUGGAGGAGUUCCUGUCUAUCCUGAAGCCCCACUUCUUCAAUCCGCCGUCCUCACCGGUGCGGACCUGGCGUCCGCAGGCGUUCCACGCGCGCUCGCCCUCGUUCGCGAAGAGCAUCGAGCUCGUGCAGAGCGUCGCGCCGGAGGAGUCUGAGAUGAUGCGCGCUGUGCAGCGCAGCCGGGGUGCGUUCACGCCGUCGCCCGCGCACACGGACAGCGCCAGCCCUGACGAGCCACGUCGUUGGUACCCUAGCGUACUUUCGUCCCCGGUCUCGCGCCUGCAGACACGUAACCCGUUCUCGCGCCACUAUGCGGACGUGUCUCCUUCGCCCAGCGCAGCUCUCUCACCCGCCGCCGUUCCCCUCCCUCCCAUCACCCCCGAGGAAAUGCUCGAGAUUUAA